AUGGUUACUAGUGAAAAACCAGGUGAAAAGGCGCCCAGCCCUGUUGACGAGCUCAAAGACGAGGUACUUGACGUCAAGGAGCCAAGCCCUCUCAAAGAAACAGAACCGACGCCUAUCACUGGUAAACAAGAUAAAAAGACGCCUAGUCCCGUAGAGGAGUUCAAGGAAAAGAAACAUGACGAAAAGGAGCCCAGCCCUGUCAAAGAAACAGAGCCUAAACCUAUUACUGAGAAAUCAGACGAAAAGGUUUCUAGCCCUGUAAAGGAGAUCGAGGAAAAAAAACUUGACGUUAAAGAUCCAAGCCCUAUCAAAGAAACAGAACUGACGCCUAUCACUGAAAAACCAGAUAAAAAGACGCGACGCGACGCCAGCCCGCCCGGCGCGAGCGCGGGCGGCGUCGCGCUGGCGGCGCUGGCGCGGCUGGCGGCGCUGUGGCGCGCCCUGCGCCGCGCCGCGCCCGCGCCCUCUCCCGGCCCGCACUCGCGCCCCUUC